CUGAGUGCAUACUUCUGCGAGGUGCGGAGAGUCAGGGAACAUGGUAGCAGUUGAACAACUUGUCGCUCCCUUAUCUGACUAAAUCAGUCUGAUCACACGAGCGUAUAUACGUCCGUCAAACAAACGUGUGUGUAUACCGGCUGCAGGGACUUCCCGAACCGAGUUACAGAGCACGAGACAGUGGCUGUUGUUGCACCUACGGAGACAAAUAAGUGACAAUGUGGACAGUGGUUCUUGCUGUGAUGGUAGCUCUGCUACCGUGUGUGACCCCCCAGUAUAGUUCCGGCACCCCCCGGGUGUGGCACGUCAACCAGUUCCCCGACCCCUGGUGGUUCCCCGAGCAGUGUAACCGUGGCAACAAAUCGGCAAUCUGUGAUCCUAAUGGCGUCAUCACCAGACAACAAGCGGAUGAUAUCGACCGGUUGAUCGAGGCUGUUGCUGUGGACACGCGGUGCCCGUGCUACGACUGUGUCACCAAUCAGCGCGGUUACGUCAUCCGCGUGGCUCUGAUGCACCAGAUGGAAAACCUCCUGGAGGAAGAUGAGGGAAUCAUGGACCGGCUGAAGAACGCCCGACUGUUCGCCUAUCUCCUCACAAAGCGAUGGAAGCUGACCGGCAACUGUAACGAAACUCUCCUCAUCGUCUACUCCAAGGCCGACAACGUGCUGUACACGAUGACGGGCAAGUCAGCCGGCAUGACGUUGAAGGACAACCUGAUUGUGGAGAUCUCAGUGGAUGUGAGACCUUUCUUUGAUGAUGAGGAGACGAUCGCUGAGGGGAUCAAGGAGAUGAUUAGACGAUACAGGGCCGUCUUCAAGAACACCUACUCCAGGGACGAUGCUGGCACCGGUUCAUUCCCUCGUGACAAGGACAGCGCCGCCGGAGUGUUCACCUCUUCACCUGUUUUGUGUUUGUUGGCCAUGGUGAUGCUAAUCCUCUCUUAACUUCCUAUUUCCAUACUUCUAAUAUAACUGUGAUGAAUAUGUACAUCCAAUAUGCCGUUACAUUCACACCAAGCGCUGUCCUAUAACUGCAGUUCUGCUAACGCUGUCACACCAAGCGGCGUAAACCAAACUAGAAAUAUUCGCCCUGGAGAGUCCGAUACCGGGUGACAUACUACACUGAACCGAGGACAUCGUGCAGCCGGGAAAUGGCUCGUGAACCUACACACCGUGCACACACACACACACACACACACACACACACACACACACACACACACACACACACACACACACACACACACACACAGACACACACACACACACUCACACUCACACAGACACACACACACACACACACACACACACACACACACACACACACACACACACACACACACUCACACAGACACACACACACACGUGUGUCACGUUUGCAAAGCUGACAAUGCGGACGGAUCUGCUUAUGCGAGUUACUCUAUUACACCGUUAGAGCUGAUACAUUUAUUUAUACAUCCAAUAUAGGAUAUUUAUAUUUACGUUUUGACGUUUUCUUAUUUGACUUACUUAAAAUAUGACUGAUUUGAAGAAAUGUAGCCGACAAGAAAAUGAUUUCGAGUGUUUACUAUGUUGGUAGUGUGGCUGUUAUGUUAGCAUGUGUCACCGCUGUGCUUUCGGUCACCUUGUUUUGAUACCUCAGACCUUCAUCUAAUGGACGGGGGGAAUUCUUUAUGAGUUUUGCCCCGGAGAGAGUGGGUUAUGUGUGUUAUUUUAAAUAAAGAAAGCAAAGUUCAACGAAAGGGCAUUGUCUCUUUAGACAUCUUGCAUAAUACCGGGUGUGUUGGCCUCUGGCUGGACUAACGUGGUUCUGGCCGGGGUGCACGUGCACUUACAAUCACAAUAGAAAAACGAACGAAUAGACUUUAUGAAAAUAUAUACUCAGGAAAGUGUAAUAAUUCUUCGCACCCAAAGCUAUAUACUGUUUUAUAUAUAUUGAACAUAGAUGAUAUUUACUCCACCAUGGUGCUAUUAUAUUCCUGGUACAUGUAUCUGUGCUUGACCUGAUGAAUGCAUCUGGCCAUCUUCCCGAGGCAAGGGAGUUAACUCACCAAAUGUCUAGUUUCCACGUGUAUAGCCAGUUCGCUCCCUUGACUCGGGAAGAUGGUAUGUAGUGUCUAUAGCCCGUGUCACAUCAGGGAUGAUCUCACCAGCAGCAGUACAGGGACCCGGGAACAAGUAAUGCUUAUCUUAUUGGAUUCCUACGUAGUUCAAACAAUUCAAUAGGUAUAAAUUGCUUCAUUGACUAAUAAUGUUCGUUUAGAUAAAACAAAUAUAUGUAAAUUAGAAUAGAGAGACUGGGCGUGAUUGGUGGAGCAGUGGUGUUGCCUUGCACGGAUGUGGUCAGUAGAUGUUCCUGAAGGCGGAGCGGUGAUGUUGCCUUGCACGGAUGUGGUCAGUAGAUGUUCCUGAAGGCGGAGCGGUGGUGUUGCCUUGCACGGAUGUGGUCAGUAGAUGUUCCUGAAGGCGGAGCGGUGGUGUUGCCUUUCACGGAUGUGGUCAGUAGAUGUUCCUGAAGGCGGAGCGGUGGUGUUGCCUUGCACGGAUGUGGUCAGUAGAUGUUCUUGAAGGCGGAGCGGUGGUGUUGCCUUGCACGGAUGUGGUCAGUAGAUGUUCCUGAAGGCGGAGCGGUGGUGUUGCCUUGCACGGAUGUGGUCAGUAGAUGUUCCUGAAAGCGGAGCGGUGGUGUUGCCUUGCACGGAUGUGGUCAGUAGAUGUUCCUGAAGGCGGAGCGGUGGUGUUGCCUUGCACGGAUAUGGUCAGUAGAUGUUCCUGAAGGCGGAGCGGUGGUGUUGCCUUGCACGGAUGUGGUCAGUAGAUGUUCCUGAAGACACGGCAGCAGAGUCCCGUCAUCUCCUGGAAGAAUCCUCCUUGACCACACUUGCAUCUGAACAUCGGCCCAAACAUCUACCGCAGCGGCAGCGUCACUGCUUCACUGCAAGUUCAGUCGUUGUUGUAUAUCUUGAACAGAGGAUAUUAUUGUGUCUUGUGUUUAUUUAACUGUGUUAGAUUUCUAUGAAGUGCUUGUAUAUAACUAAGUGCAGUCAUUGUCAUUAAACUCUUUCGUUAUUCUUA